GCAUACGUUUAAAGUUAGUUGCAAUCUGCCACUGAACGACAUUUGUCGUGCUGUUUUUAUACAUUUCUUUUUAAUACUCGUACAUUUCAAUUUUAUUUCUAUAUCAUUUUGCCAAGGUUGCUAAGUGAGCGCGAAUGACACAAUGCAAUAGUGCCGGAUUAAUACAGUGCGUAUUUUCCUUAACCGCAAGAACAAAGGGAAUAAUGAUGAUAAUGUGCUAAAUCAUUUUAAAACAAUCAUUAAGUUAUAGAUUAAAUUUAUAAUUAUGGAAAUUAUGAAAAUGAUCUCAAAUUAUUAAUUCAAGUAAGAGCGUGUGCAAAAUGAUUAAAAGGAACGGUGAUAAUGUGUUUGCGAUCGCAUCGAACAAUAAUCAGUGUCAAGGCGGACGGAGUACUGUCUCACUCUGUCCCAGUGCAACCACAAGGAUCCCGCGAGCCACUGCUGGCAGGAUGACGCAGUCCGAUGCGCAGCAAAACACUAAAGAAGCUAAUAUCGCGCUCUCUACAUACGUUGAAAAAUGGAAAAAUAGAUAUGAGGAUGCCGAAAGAAAACAUAAAACCUAUCUCCUUAAAUCUGAAAAAGCUCGUCGAGAGCAUGAUGAUCUUCUACGUCGUUAUAAUAUUUUAUUGGAAGAAAGAAAUCAUUUGGAUGCAGAACUCAAUGACAGGGAGCGGGAGCUCAACAAGCUUCGGCAUGCCUCUGAGAAACUGUUUCAAGAAUACCAACAGCUUAAAAACCAACAUGAAAUUGACUCGGGGGUUAUGCAAAAGGUGAUGCAACAAGCGGGUGAAUGGUACAAGCAGAAUAAGCAGCUGAAGAGACGAAGUACGGCGCUGUUGCUCGCUCUGCCUACCACCGUUGACAUUGAUAUCACUGACGCUACAGAUACAUCAUCUGAAGCGAGCAGUAAUGAAGAAGUGGAAUUUCUGAAGCGUACAGUAUCAGAACUGUCCGAGCAGAUAGCGGCAUUACAAACGGAGGUCAAUGCGGCGAAGUUACACGAAUUUGAGGCCCACGAGGUCAAUGUGCAAUUGAAUCAGGACUUAGAGGUAGAAAGAGAAAAAUGCGCGCAACAGGAGAAAGAGUUGGAGGAACUUAGAUCUCAAAUAGAGAGACACAACCGAGUGUCUAAACUACUUAUGGAAGAGGUCACGGGUCUCAAGGACAAUGCUGACAAAGACAGACAAAUGGCCGAGACUUACAAAUCAGAAGCCCGCGACGCCAAAAAGCGUGCAACAGUACUGGCUCACCAGAGCGCAUUGCUGAUGGGCGAAUUAGAUCUGGAUGAACGCCUGGGGCUGCUUUUAGGUGAAGUGGAUAGUCUUAGAGACGCCUUGGAACAGCAGAGUAACAGGCAUAGGGAUCAUGUUCAGCAGUUGCAGCUACAAUUAACUGAAAAGCAUGAAGAUACAGACAUACUACUAUGGGAAGAGAAAAUAAGACUGGCAGAGGAAGAUGCACAGAAAGCGUUAGAAAGAGCAGAAAGAGCUGAAAAGAAAUUGGCGGAACUUGAUAAGAGAGCUAAAGGUGAACCGAGAUCUGCGCUUAAAAGCCGCAUUAGCUACUUCGAAAGUGGUGGGAAUGAGAGGAUUAAGAAAGAGAUCAAGGAAGAAGAACCAGCGCUGACACAAACUCCUGCCCCCUCACCCCAAGCCCCCAUAACUCUACCCUCAAUAACUAAACCCCCGGUUCCAACUCCCCCUGCAUCACCAAUCCCACCAGAAAUCCCAAUAACCACAAUUCCCAUUGCUCCACCACCCCCACCAGUUAUGCCCCCACCGCCGCCUCCGCCGCCCCCGCCUCCAGUGGCCUUUGAAUCCGUGGGUGAUAUGGAUAUGGCAAAGAUGCUUGCAAGCAAGUCGGGCACGUUGAAGAAGACGAAACAAAAUGGUGGUGGGGCCAUAGACGCGAUAGUUGACCAAAUAAAGGGAGGCAAAUUCCAACUAAAGUCCACAGAUCAUGCAGUUGAGAAGAAACCCAAGGACGAACAACCCGAGGCUGUCAAAGAAAUGCUACAGAUAUUAGGAACUCUGCGCAAGCGACGCGGACAUAGGCCUAGCCUGAUCACAGAAAAUACGUGAGGACUUAAAAGAAAUCUUGAUAAAUAUCGUGAUAUUGAAGUGCCUAUAUUGGUGUUUUUUUUUUUAAUUAAAAAUGUGAAUAUUAAACAUGCUGUUGCUAAAUGUAAGCAUUUAUAAGAUAUUUUUAUUAAUUUUAAAAUAUAUAAAUAUACAUUAUAUAGUUAAAUAAAUGUAUAGUUUGAUAAAGUAUUAAACUCUAUUGCCAAUUACAUCUGUAUUUGUAUGAAAAAUAUUGUUUUAUCCAAGCAAGCUUACCGCUUCAAUUUAAUUAAUAUCAAUAUUAAAGUAAAAAACAAAAAAUCCUACGAAAUUUCAAAUUUGUCAUGAAUAUUAUAUAGGUAUGUAUUUAAAAAAAAUUGGGUUCCGUCGUCGUUUAUUUAAAACCUCUUUGACGGUAUUGAUAAUGCACGAAAUUUCGAGUAGUGUAAAUUAUACACACUUUUUUAUUAUUAAGUAAUUUCAUUAUCUCUUUAAUCUUUAUAAUGCCACAAGAUUUAUUUUUCAUAGAAAAAAAUAAAUCUUACAAAUUUUUUGAUAGAACACUAAUAGUUAUAUUUAUAUACUUUAAAUACUAUAUUUUAAGUAUGGAAUCAUACUUGUAGUAGAUUAAGACGAUAUUUGUGGGUAGUUUACAAGUUUUACAACAUUUUGGUAAAUUUUACAAGUUUUUCAAAACGUAACAUUUGUUAUGUUGCGACUUUAGAUCGUAGUACACUUGUUUAUAUAUAGUUAUCGGAAGUAAGUCAGAGACAAUAUCUAGUGCAGUUUAAGUGUACUUAGAAAACCGCUUCUUAGGGCGGAAUAUGACUCCCUUAUUUCUAAAUCCUAACAUUUUUUGACUUUUAGGAAGUCAGAUUAUGUUUAUAUAGACAGUGGUUUGACAGCUCUUGAAACUAGAUUUAAGUUUGUGAUACAGGCGUUAGUGCUAAGUCUCCUUUUUGAAUCUUACCCUACCGCUCCAAACUAUAAACGUGUGAGUUCGCGCUUAGAGUUGUCUUAGCUUAAGCACGUAAGGCGAAUCCGAGUUUAUAUCAAAACCUAUAGAGGCUUUUAAAAACGAAUUAUACUUGGAAGUAUUAUUAUGGAAAUGUCAUCAAAAAUGGAUGUACUAAAGCUAAGUUAAAUGUGAAAUUAACACUACUUUCUAUUGAAACUAGUUAGUAAAUAUACAGUAAUACUUCGAGUUUCUCGAAUAUAUCUUUAAAAUAUGUACGUAUAUAAUAUAUUAUAUGCGAUAGUAUAUUUUAUCAAAAUUUGAGAUAUUACUGUAUAAAUAGUACAUAGUACAAUAAUUAUUAUAUAAUUGUCUGUUUAUAGUGUUCCUUAUAUUUAAUUAAAAUGAGACUAUGGCGUUCUGCCACUUAUAAUUGCCAUUUUGUAUGUUUAUAAUUAGAAAAUAAAUUUCAAACAUAGAUAAUUUUUAGGUUAUAGUGAUUAUAGAGCUUAUAGAAAUAUAGAUUAAAAGUGCCUUAAAUUGUGUUCAUAAAUGAAGACACUUAAGACAACCAUAGAUAAGACAAAGAAUUUACAAACUUGUUUAUAUCAUAAUCUGGCAUAAUGUAUCUAUGGUCUUCUAUCUACAAAUAUUGCACUUGACAAGUUACCGUUUGGUGCCAUCGACUUCCAUAUGAAGCAUUUAUUUUAAGAAUUAUUAUUCAAUAAACGUAUAUUUAAUUA